AGUGGAUUUUAUCAUAUCAACGUUUUUUGGCAUACAACGGAAGCAAAUCCAGGUGGUCAAUAGCGGAGUUACCAAAUAAAGCACAACCUCAGUAAUAUAAAUUUGUGUCAAUAAAAAUGUUUAAUCACACAAAAGGUUUUGUUCUCUCUCUCUCUCUGCAUAUCUAAAGGAGGGAGGGGCUACUAAGAUCGAAGGAAGUCGAGUGACUACUUAAGUGGAGAAGAUGAGCCAACCCAAUGAAGGGAACAAUGUGAAUGCUUUGGUGGAAGUCCCUGCUAAGCGAAAACGUGGUCGUCCACGUAAAUAUCCAAGGCAAGAUCCAGACAAUGAAGAUAAUGCCAGCGGUCAAAGGGGUCAGAGUUCGAAUCAGGGGGAGAAUUCUCGUGCCCCUCGUGGAUUUGAUGGUGUGCAUGGAGGCCAUCCCCAUCAAACAAAUACAGUCAGCAAUGCAAAUUUUCCCAUGGUGGGUCAGGAAGUUCAUGGUGCUGUUGAGGGAGUAUUUGAUGGUGGAUUUUUGAUCGGAAUUAGGGUUGAGAAUUCUGCAACCAUUUUUAGAGGUGCUGUUUUUAUACCUGGAUGUUAUGUGCCUGUUUCACGAGAAAAUGAUGUGGCACCAAAUCUUCCCAUGAUUAGAAGAAACCAUGUUUCUUCCCCAGCACUACACAGUGUUUGUAAUCCUUUCUCCCGUAAGAGAAGUGGAGCUGCGAAUCAAAACUCUGCUAAUCUUGUGGCUGCAGAAGGGAGCCAAGUGCAUUCGGUGCCCCAAAUUGGUCCUCGAUUGAUUCCAAAAACAGUGCCGGUCGUGCUCCAACCUGCUAAGAUAGCCAAUGGAGUGCCACUUACCAACAAAACAUCUCCCAUGGAAACUCAACCAGCUCAUCUAUCUGCCAAAGCAAAGCAGGUGCUAGAAGCUGAUUAUCCAUCUAAUGAAGCAACACUGUGUAACCAGCCACCUAUUGCAGAAGGGCUUCAUGGGUCUGAAGCUGAGUCAAUGAAACCGGCUGGGAUGCCUUUCGAAGAACUACUCACUGAAGUACUCAAGAGAGUUGAAGCCCCUUCACAUUCUGAAGAAAAGAGUAGCAACUCAGCUAGUAACUUGUUUGUUGAAGGUUCUGGCCAUUACGUGGAAGAUCAAGGCGAUCACAAGAUUGAACCCCUCCAAAUUGAGCCUCUGCAAGCUGUUCCGCCCAGUCAGAAUCACUCUGCAGUUUCAACUGAACCUUCACAAGAAGGGAGAUCUGGAAAAUUCAAUGAGCUGUUGAAGGUUAUACAAGAGCAAACGAGGGAACACGAACUGAGAACUGAGAAGGCUUCCACAUCUAGGCCAAAACUAAAUGUGGUAAUCUAUUCCCAUGCUACCGCUUGGUUGAAGUCCUGCGCAAUCCGGUGCAAUUACACAGUUCUAUUAAUUUUGUUUCUUAAAAUGGGGAAACCGUAGGAACUCUUUAUUUAGAUAUUUUGUUUUAGAGAUGAAACUCUUCUCAUCAUCUUAAUACAGUUACAGUUGGAAGACUAGCUUCCUGUUGAAUCAGACCACAGCUUUUAUGUUCUUCUUGUCACCUAAAUUACAUUCCCUUACAUUUUAUUCUCGAAUUUCGAGGUUGCUGAACUUGUCUUUUGCUUU